AUGGUUUGUGGUCUGUACAUCAGCGAGCGAAGACGAAGUAGGAGAGGCCAGAGGAGGCGGGUGGCUCACUGGCUCCGGACCUCUCUUCCUUUUUUAUCUCCAUAUCCAUUUUCUUCCUUCGCCACACGAUCCUCCCCCCCUCUCUAUAUUUCUCUCUCUCUCUCUCUCUAGAGCUCGUGCUUUAUUUGUCGAUUGAUCAUGGCUGCGCACUCAGUAGCUCCCAUUCCUCGGCUAUUCGACUACAAUGGCAUCGCAGCUACGCGGUGGUCGGGGAAAGCGUCAAUGUUCGCAUCAAACAGGGGACUCCUCCUUAUGGAUUUCGUCAAUUCGCGCUCUAAAUCGAAGCGAACAAGACGGAGAAUUGGAGUUUCGAGCAACAGAAACUUAUUUCCCGGGCUUGCGGGGAAAAACAAAUGUUCAGUCAGAGCUGUUGUAGAGUUUAAAGACACUGACAGCGAUUUCGAAGAACCUGUUGUAAAUAUAGAUUUGAAGCAGAAGGUUGUAAACUUGGAUGACAUAAUAGCAGAGAGAGGAGCUUGUGGAGUUGGAUUCAUUGCUCAUUUGGAGAAUAAAUCUUCACAUGAGAUUGUAAAGGAUGCUCUUACUGCUCUUGGCUGCAUGGAACAUCGUGGAGGUUGUGGAGCAGAUAAUGACUCUGGUGAUGGUUCGGGAUUGAUGACUUCUAUCCCAUGGGAUCUUUUUAAUAAUUGGGCUAGCAUGCAAGGAAUACAUUCUUUUGAUCCUUUGCAUACCGGUGUUGGAAUGGUUUUUCUUCCUAAAGAUGAUGACCUUAUGCAGAAAGCCAAAACAGCUAUCAUGGAUACUUUCAGACAAGAGGGUGUUGAAGUGCUUGGGUGGAGAUCUGUUCCUGUAGAUAUGUCUGUAGUUGGUUACUAUGCUAAAGAAACUGUGCCAAACAUGCAGCAGGUAUUUGUUAGAGUUGCUAAAGAAGAGAAUGUUGAUGAUUUAGAAAGAGAACUUUACAUCUGCAGGAAAUUAAUUGAAAGAGCAGCCAAGUUGGAAACUUGGGGAAAUGAUCUUUAUUUCUGUUCUUUAUCCAAUCAAACAAUAGUUUACAAGGGAAUGCUUCGUUCGGAAGUUCUUGGAAAAUUUUAUUCUGACCUUAAGAGUGAUCUUUAUAAAUCCCCUUUUGCUAUAUAUCAUCGGAGGUACAGCACAAAUACAAGUCCCAGGUGGCCUCUUGCACAACCAAUGAGAUUUCUUGGUCAUAAUGGAGAGAUAAAUACCAUACAGGGAAACUUGAAUUGGAUGCAAUCUCGAGAGGCUUCGUUGAAUUCACCUGUUUGGCGUGGUCGUGAAAAUGAAAUUCGGCCUUAUGGGAAUCCAAAGGCAUCUGACUCGGCAAAUCUUGACAGUGCAGCAGAAUUAUUAAUAAGAAGUGGCCGUGAUCCUGAGGAAGCUUUAAUGAUUCUUGUCCCGGAGGCAUACAAAAAUCAUCCAACUUUAAUGAUCAAAUAUCCUGAGGUUGUUGAUUUUUAUGACUAUUACAAGGGUCAGAUGGAGGCUUGGGAUGGACCUGCAUUACUCUUAUUUAGCGAUGGAAAAACAGUAGGGGCUUGUCUUGAUCGGAAUGGACUUCGCCCUGCUAGAUAUUGGCGGACGGUGGACAAUCUUGUAUAUGUUGCAUCUGAGGUUGGUGUUCUACCAAUGGAUGAAUCAAAAGUCACAACGAAAGGUCGUCUUGGUCCAGGAAUGAUGAUAUCUGUUGAUCUACUGAGUGGUCAGGUUUAUGAAAAUACGGAUGUAAAAAAGAGAAUAGCUUUGUCAAAUCCUUAUGGGAAGUGGGUGAAUGAAAACAUGCGAACGUUGAAAGCUGCAAAGUUCUUGUCAGUAACAAUUAUGGACAAUGAGACAAUUCUAAGGCACCAACAGGCUUAUGGUUACUCCAGUGAGGAUGUCCAAAUGGUUAUUGAAACUAUGGCUGCUCAGGGAAAGGAGCCUACCUUCUGCAUGGGGGAUGAUAUUCCAUUAGCAAUAUUGUCUCAGAAGCCACAUAUGCUUUAUGAUUAUUUCAAGCAGCGGUUUGCACAGGUCACAAAUCCGGCAAUUGACCCUCUCAGAGAAGGAUUGGUUAUGUCUCUUGAAGCCAAUAUUGGGAAGCGACAAAACAUAUUAGAGGUUGGACCUGAGAAUGCUUCUCAGGUAAUUUUAUCUAGUCCUGUUCUGAAUGAAGGGGAGCUUGAGUCAUUAUUGAAGGAUCCGCAGUUAAAACCUCAAGUUCUGCUGACAUUUUUUGAUAUAAGGAAAGGGGUUGAUGGCUCCUUGGAAAAGACACUAAAUAAGCUUUGCGAAGCCGCUGAUGAAGCUGUUCGUAAUGGUUCACAAUUGCUUGUUCUCUCAGAUCGGUCCGAUGAGCUGGAACCAACUCAACCUGCUAUUCCAAUACUUCUUGCUGUUGGAGCUGUUCAUCAGCAUCUAAUUCAGAAUGGCUUACGGGUGUCAGCUUCCAUUAUAGCUGACACUGCUCAGUGUUUCAGCACUCAUCAGUUCGCUUGUUUAAUUGGAUAUGGUGCAAGUGCUGUGUGCCCAUACUUGGCAUUAGAGACAUGCCGUCAAUGGCGUUUGAGCACCAAAACUGUGAACUUGAUGCGGAAUGGGAAGAUGCCAACUGUAACAAUUGAGCAGGCUCAGAAGAAUUUUUGCAAGGCAGUUAAUUCUGGCCUUCUCAAGAUUCUUUCAAAGAUGGGCAUUUCAUUGCUUUCUAGUUAUUGUGGUGCACAGAUAUUUGAGAUUUACGGAUUAGGAAAAGAGGUUGUUGAUCUUGCUUUUUGUGGAAGCGUGUCAAGUAUUGGUGGAUUAACUCUUGAUGAGCUGGCAAGAGAGACUUUGUCUUUCUGGGUGAAGGCUUUCUCGGUGGAUACAGCCAAAAGACUAGAAAAUUUUGGGUUUAUACAAUUCAGACCUGGAGGUGAAUAUCAUGGGAACAACCCAGAGAUGUCAAAGCUACUUCAUAAAGCUGUUCGCCAAAAGAAUGAAAGUGUUUUUUCAGUCUAUCAACAACAUUUGGCUAACCGUCCUAUAAACGUUCUUCGUGAUAUUCUUGAGUUCAAAAGCGACCGUUCCCCAAUUCCUGUGGGAAAGGUUGAAUCUGCUGCAUCUAUUGUUCAGCGAUUCUGCACUGGUGGCAUGUCACUUGGAGCUAUUUCAAGAGAAACUCAUGAAGCAAUUGCCAUUGCAAUGAAUAGAUUAGGUGGAAAAUCAAAUUCAGGAGAAGGUGGUGAGGAUCCUAUACGCUGGCGCCCACUUACAGAUGUUGUUGAUGGGUACUCUCCAACAUUGCCACAUCUCAAAGGUCUUCAAAAUGGGGACACUGCUACAAGUGCCAUCAAGCAGGUUGCCUCAGGACGUUUUGGUGUCACUCCAAUGUUUUUAGUAAAUGCUGAUCAGUUAGAAAUCAAAAUUGCACAAGGUGCAAAGCCUGGUGAAGGUGGUCAAUUGCCAGGGAAAAAAGUCAGUGCUUAUAUUGCUCGGCUAAGGAAUUCUAAACCUGGGGUUCCACUUAUAUCUCCGCCUCCACACCAUGACAUAUAUUCUAUUGAGGAUCUUGCCCAGUUGAUUUUUGACCUUCAUCAGGUCAACCCUAGGGCUAAGGUGUCUGUAAAGCUCGUGGCAGAAGCUGGAAUUGGCACAGUUGCUUCUGGGGUCGCGAAGGGUAAUGCUGAUAUUAUCCAGAUAUCAGGGCAUGAUGGGGGAACUGGUGCCAGCCCCAUAAGUUCAAUUAAGCACGCUGGUGGUCCUUGGGAACUUGGACUUACCGAAACACACCAGACACUCAUUGAAAAUGGACUCAGAGAAAGGGUAAUUCUAAGAGUUGAUGGUGGAUUUAAAAGUGGAGUGGAUGUUCUCAUGGCUGCAGCAAUGGGUGCUGAUGAGUAUGGGUUUGGUUCUGUAGCGAUGAUUGCUACUGGUUGUGUCAUGGCGCGCAUUUGCCACACGAAUAACUGUCCAGUUGGUGUUGCGAGUCAGAGAGAAGAAUUGCGUGCUCGUUUUCCUGGUGUGCCUGGCGAUUUGGUCAACUUCUUUUUGUAUGUUGCUGAGGAGGUGAGAGGCAUAUUAGCACAACUAGGCUAUGAGAAAGUGGAUGAUAUAAUUGGGCGAACAGAUUUAUUAAGACCACGGCCAAUCUCAUUGAUGAAAACCCAGCAUCUUGAUCUUAGUUACAUCCUCUCUUGUGUAGGAUUACCAAAAUGGAGCAGCACUGCAAUCAGGAAGCAGGAUGUACAUACUAAUGGUCCUGUUCUAGAUGAUAUUUUACUUUCAGAUCCAGAGAUAUCAGAUGCGAUUGUGAAUGAAAAAGUGGUGAGUAAAACCAUCAAGAUAUACAAUGUUGACCGUGCUGUCUGUGGCCGCAUAGCAGGCGUGGUUGCGAAAAAAUAUGGUGACACUGGUUUUGCCGGACAGCUGAAUAUAACAUUUGAGGGGAGUGCUGGGCAGUCAUUUGCAUGUUUCCUGACCCCUGGGAUGAACAUUCGACUUGUAGGAGAGGCUAAUGACUAUGUGGGAAAGGGUAUGGCUGGAGGUGAAUUGAUUGUGACUCCUGUUGAGAAUACUGGGUUUUACCCUGAGGAUGCAACUAUAGUGGGGAAUACUUGCCUAUAUGGGGCAACAGGUGGUCAGAUCUUUGUAAGAGGAAAAGCAGGGGAGCGUUUUGCUGUCAGAAACUCACUUGCUCAGGCUGUUGUGGAAGGCACUGGGGACCAUUGUUGUGAGUACAUGACUGGAGGCUGUGUAGUUGUACUUGGAAAUGUGGGUAGAAAUGUGGCUGCUGGAAUGACUGGAGGUUUGGCAUACAUUCUUGAUGAGGACGAUACCCUCAUUUCCAAGGUGAAUAAGGAGAUUGUAAAGAUUCAGAGAGUAACUGCAUCUGUGGGGCAGAUGCAGUUGAAGAGCCUCAUUGAAGCCCACGUUGAGAAAACUGGGAGCAGCAAAGGCUCAAGUGUGCUGAAAGAAUGGGACACAUAUCUGCCACUCUUUUGGCAGCUGGUUCCACCCAGUGAAGAAGACACACCAGAGGCUUGUGCGGAGUUUGAUAAAACGGCCACUGGUCAGGUGAGCUUGCAAUCUGCAUAGGAUACUGAUAGCGUGAACGCAGCAUAGUAAUAUAACCUGAAGAUGCAACCACACCCAGGACAAGUCAGGCGUAAGAUGGAUUUUUAGGUUGGAAAUUAUCGCGACUUGCAUGAUUUGACAACACCCUUGACAUUGCUGGAUGGCCAAGAUAUUUGAUUGAAGAUGAUUGUCCGGAGUGGAAGACUUGCAACUAUCGUAUGGUGCUCUGUAUAGUGAUGCUGCAAAAUCUGUAAAUUCUCUGGCGCUUUAGAUUUUUUUAAUCUUGUCUAAGUUUCCUUUGCUUGUGAUAAUAAUACAGUGUCAUCAGUCAUGGCUUGCCAUUGCUGCACGGUACAUUUAAUCGAUCAAUUUAAAUGAGAUGAACAGUUUCUCUAAA